UCCCAGCGUUCCCCGGUAACCGCCUCCGCGCACAAGAUGGCGGCGCGGGCGGGCCGGGGGGUCGGGCUGUGAGCGGCCGGGGAGGGGUCGGGCUGCCCCGGACCCGCCAUGACCUACACGGCGGAACAGCUGGAUGGAGUGAGGCGGAUAAAGAGCUGCCGGAAUUACUACGAGAUCCUGGGCGUGGAACGCGAUGCCACCGAGGAGGAGCUGAAGAAGGCCUACCGCCGGCUGGCCCUCAAGUUCCACCCCGACAAGAACCGAGCGCCAGGAGCCACCGAGGCUUUCAAAGCAAUAGGAAAUGCUUUUGCAGUUCUCAGCAACCCCGAGAAACGGUUACGAUAUGAUGAAUAUGGAAGUGACCACGAGCAUGUCAGCACUGGCCAAGCCAGGCACUACAAUUACUACUCAGAAUUCGAAGCAGACAUUACACCAGAAGAAAUAUUCAACGUGUUUUUUGGUGGGCACUUUCCAACAGGAAAUAUCCAUAUGUUCUCAAAUGUAGCCAGAGAUGCACACUAUUAUCCACGGAGGCACCGAAAUGAAAGAGCAUGGACACAGGAGCAAGAGGAAGAAGAAAACAGGCCACAGAACUCUUAUUCUGCGUUUAUUCAGUUGAUGCCCGUUUUCAUCAUCAUAAUCGUAUCGGUUAUAACUCAGCUGAUGGCCACUAACCCACCCUACAGCCUGUUCUACAAGUCGUCCAUAGGCCACGUUAUUAGCAGAGAAACAGAGAACUUGCAGGUGCCUUACUAUGUUGAUAAAAACUUUGAGAAGAAUUAUCAAGGAGCAGAACUUCAAGAGCUAGAGAGAACAGUUGAAAAAGAUUACAUAGACUACAUUCAGACCAGCUGCUGGAAGGAGAAGCAGCAAAAGUCCGACUUGUCCAACCUGGCCAAGCUGUACAGAGACGAGCGGCUGAAGCAGAAAGCGGAGUCACUGAAACUCGAGCACUGUGAGAAGCUCUCCAGUCUGAUCGGAAUGCACAAAGGGGGCUGACGGGGCCCCUGCCCUUCUUUUAUUUAUUGCUGGGUUAAAUUAUGUUUUUAUUUUCCUCUGUAUAAAAAAAGGGAAGGAGUCCAUUGCAAAGGCUGAGCGCUCGAUUCCUUCGUGCUGUGCAGAGAUGGGCCGACACGAGCUGCAGGGCUGUGUUUGCUGUCAUAUACUGUACACUGUAUUUGGUUCCAAGGACCAGUGGCACUUUGUACAUUUAAUUCUCUGGGAAAUGUUACGAGUUCGGAUCGUGUCUGUGCUUCCAGCAGAGCAGCCAGGUGUCCCAUGUAUCCAUGUAUCUGUAUCUAUGGCCCUGCUCUGUGCUCGGUGCACUGACCUCGUGCUGCUGGGGGCUCUGAGUUCAGUGCUUGGUGCAGAGCAGCUGCCAUUGCUCCAUGAGGGUCCAUGUCCUUGUUGGAUGGAGAGCUGGGAGCUGUGCUGAGCUCAUGCUGGACAUGGGGCUGGGGGUGCAGGGAGCACUGACUGCAGGGGGGGGUGGCCCUGUGCCGUAUUUCUGUGUCAUUCUGGUUCUUAUGGGCAAUCUCCAGCUGUGUCACCACGGGGCUCCUCGUGUUUUCCCGUCCAGUUUUAAUGUAGCAUCUUUUUACUCUGUCCAACAGUUAUGAAUGUUUCACUGUAGAGACUAGAGCUGCAAAGAAACACAGCCGUGUA